UUUUAAUUUUCACCAAUGUCAGUGUCAUUGUCAGAAUGAUUAGAAAAUAUGAAAAUAUAUGAAAAUUGGAAAUACCAGGUCCCAUUCCGAUAAUUUACAUGGAACACCAAGUAAAUGAAAAACAAUAAGCAUAAAUAAUUGCUUAGCCAAGAUGUUCCCGUAGUUAAUAGAAUGCAUUAUUGAAAACAUACCUACAAUAUGUUUAAAUCUGAUAAAAAGCCGAAAUACGUAGCUGUAAAUGAUAACGAUGAACCGGAAACAGUUGAAUUGGAAUCGAUGAAACGAAAAUUCUGCUCCCCAGCAUGUGUUUGGUCAUCUUUAUUCACAUGUGUUUUAAUUGGAACCUAUUUCAUCCCAUCCAUCGGUCUUACCUUUUACCAAAGAUGGUUGUACCAGAGCUUUCGAUUUCCGUUGAUAACAGUCCUGAUACACAUGACCGUGAAGUUUAUUCUAGCAUCAUUGAUUCGAAUAAUUCUGAUUAAGAGACAAGGUAAACCAAGGAACUUGAUAGGAUGGAGGGAUUACGUGGUUUCUGUAGGCCCUACUGGUGUUUUCAGUGGUAUCGACAUCGGUUUUUCAAAUUGGGGAUUGGAACUUAUUAAUGUCUCUUUGUAUACAAUGACCAAAUCAACUACCAUCGUGUUCAUUUUAUUUUUCUCAAUUCUGUUCAAAUUAGAGAAAAAGUCAUGGAGUCUGAGCGGAAUCGUAUUCAUGAUCACUACCGGACUCAUCUUGUUCACGUACAAGUCAACGCAGUUCAACUUCCUCGGUUUCAUGCUUCUGCUGCUGGCUUCAAUAUCCAGUGGUAUCCGAUGGACUUGCGUCCAGUUGUUGCUGCAGAAGUCCAAAAUGGGAAUGACCAACCCCGUCGACAUGAUUUACCACAUGCAACCGUGGAUGAUUGUCACGGUUUUACCUUUUGCCAUCGGUUUGGAAGGUCCAGACGCUGUCAGAAACUGUCAAUUAUUUCGGUAUGACGAUUUCCCCGAAUUCUUCAAUUUGUUAAUGAAGAUUUUAUUAGGCGCGUUCAUCGCUUUUUUUAUGGAGUUCAGUGAAGUCACUGUAGUAACGUACACUUCCAGCCUAACUUUAGCUAUCGCAGGCAUAUUCAAGGAAGUGGUCCAACUGGUGUUAGCCGUUCAGUGGAACGGCGACGAACUGUCCCCCCUCAACGUGGUGGGCCUGACUGUCUGCAUGUGCGGAAUCUCUUUCCACGUUAUACAUAAAAUCAGGACCCAACCUUCAAGGACGCCGAAACGAUCCUACGAAGUGGAGAACGAACACCACGAAAUAGGAGAAUACUUGAUUAAUGAAAAUGUACAGUUAUCUAGCGAGAGCGAUGCGGAGAAAAGUGACACUGAAAUAUUAUUUGAUAUACUGAAUAGGCACGAGAGGUAGUAUUUCAUGAGAAUCAUGUAAAGAAAUAAGUAUUUUUACCGACUUUAAAAGUUAAGAAAAAAAAAUCUAUGUUUUAUAAAUUAAUUGGCACUACUAUAGAGAACGCGACAGAGGGCAAUAGUCUACUGGGCAAGAGUUUAAUGUCUCCAAUGAGACAUGUGAUUAAAUCCGAAUUAGGC